AUUAGGUUGAGUGUAUUGUUAUAGAAUAAAUAUACGGACUACCGCGAGUGUUGAAGAUCAUCAGCACAGAAACAUUUAGUUUAUGUUUUUAAUGUACAUGUAUUAAAUAAUUUGUAUUUUUUUUUUUUUUGAUUGAAUGAAUAACUUACAAUUAAGUUGGGGAGAGGGUUGGACAUUGGACAGCCUGACAGACAAUAUAUUCAGAAUUAAGGAAUGACAUUUAAUAAAGACAUUUGAUUAGCUUUUAUGAAACAAUCAGAAAUAUUCCUGGUACCAAAGUUUAAGGGGUUAAAAUGGAUGACACAGAAACGGAGAAAAAUUCUUUGCCAAACGGUUCAGCUGGACGACAGGUGACAAGGUCGUACCCACAGGCUAUUGUUAUACUGUGUAUCCUUGUAUCCUUGACAAACCCUUUUCUUGCACCCACCGUAAUUUACUUUAUUCUACGUUCAAGAAGGAGCUGGUCUAAGUGCCAAUAUAGCAUGACGUACAGACAUGUGAACAAAGCUGCUGGAUUGACAAUCGUUGGAAUAAUUGUAACGGGGAUAGCAUUGGUGACCGUUGUUCUUUUUUGUGUCAUAAUUCCGAUAAACAAUAACACUCCGAACACUCCGAAGACUGCUGCUGAAAAUGUAACGGAAACUGUUGCAACUGUAAUGACAGACACACCGGAAAUGGUUGUCAGGGAGCUUCAGGAUAUAAAAAUAGAUCUUAAUACGACUGAUGCUGAUAAAGUCGAACAUCUUGAGAAUGUACCAGGUAUAGUUGCUGGUCCACACGUUACUAAACACUACCUGAAUGAUACACACGUGCUUAUAAUAGAUGGAAGAACUAAUGCAGAAAAAAUACUAAAUGUACCUAAACUAUUUUGACUAAAAGUAUUAUACGUUGAUGAAGCUUUAUCAAACACUUGAUGUUGAACAUUUAUCAUUAUUUUAGACAAUAUUAUGAACUGCUUAUUUAACAACAAUUCAUAUUUGUGAAGCUACAAAAGGAAAAGUUAAGCUCGCCAAAAAGUGAGAAAAAAGGUCCAUCAAAUAAAAACAAAAACAAAGAUACAAUAUAACCGAAGGAGUAGGCCUAAACGCGUAUAAGAUAAGUAGAAGAUGAUCUAGAUUUCGUAAUUUGUUUAGUGAUUCCAGUAGCCUUACGAAACAAUGGACAUUAUGAAAAUCUGUCAUGUACAUAAAUGUUUUUAAUUUACUUUAGAAAAAUCGGUCAAGUUGUGUAGAAAGAACAAAACGUGCUAUUGAUAAUGCAGUGAUAUGAUAGUACUCGUUUUACGAUUACAAGGGUGUAGAUACUGAUUUUUUAACAGAUUUUUAUUGUAUUGUUUAUUAAUGUCUCCGUAUAAUACAAUUUAAAACAUCAUGAACCGCCUCAAUAGCCUAGUGGUAGAGCGUCCACUUCGAGUGCGGGAGGUCGUGGGUUCGAUCCGCGGCCGCGCCAUACCAAAGACGUGAAAAAUGGUACCAGUGGCGCUCAUCAUUAAAAGGGACAACUGGCCUCUUCUCUCAU